ACUUUGAUUAAUGUUUAUCGCGCUGCUGAUGAACUUUUACAGAAGAGAGGGAUGGAACUUGGUAUAGAAAAAAAUGAGAAAAAUAUUAAAGAAAAAAAAUGAAAAGAUACUGAGAAAAUGGUGCAAGGAAAAUUUAGUCGCUCACUGAGGCAUGCUUGUGACAUUCACAGUCAAAUUAGAGGGCAUGUUGAACAGAUGGGUCUUCCUAUUUCUUCUUGUGGAGAUGACACUCUACAAUUCCGUAGAUGCCUUGCUGCUUCAUUUUUCCUUAAUGCAGCUUUGAAGCAACCCGAGGGAAGAUGCAGGGCUUUAACAAGUGGUCAAGUAGUGCAGAUCCACCCUACUUCUGUGUUGCACCAAUCAAAGGUGAAGUGUGUAAUUUUUGAUGAACUAGUCCAAGCAAGUCAGAAGUACAUUCGCAACAUAACUAUAAUUGAUUGUGUGGUUGACUGAGCUUGCUUCUCGCUAUUAUGCAAUGCAGGGUUGAAGUUUUGGUAUGAACUCUAUCAACUAAUAUUUUGCUUACCUUUUCAUCUUGUUUUAUUCGUUCUUUUUUUUAAAU